GCUUGCGCGGCGUAUCCGAUUCCUUACGCCCGAGGACUAAAUCAGCUGCGAUGGAGAACGCUGGGACAACGCCACAAGGAACUGCGGGGCGUAAGCGGAUCCCCAACCGGGAGAGGCCCGCGGUCGAGGAUGAGGCCCUCAACAUGAUCGCUCGCGAGGGUGAAGCAAGACUUGCGGCAAAGCGUGCAGCACGAGCUGAAGCACGGGAAAUUAGGAUGAAAGAACUUGAGAAGCAACAAAAGGAGCCUACAGAAUACAUUUACUAUCUUGGCUCAGGAUCUCGAGCAUCUUCUAGAACUAGUUCUGCUCAUGCAAGUCCCAUGGUUGAAGAAACACCUGAAAAAGACUUUGAGAAGGGAAUCCGAACUACAUCAAGCUUGUCAGCAGCUACCCUAGCCUCCCUAGGUGGAACCUCUUCUCGCCGAGGCAGUGGGGAUACUUCUAUCUCAAUUGAUAUGGAAGCAUCUAUUAGAGAAAUGAAGGAUAUCAGUGAGUUAAAGGAUGAAAUUGGGACUGUAGAAGCAAAAUACAUGCAGAGGUUGAAACAAAUGAAGGACUCUUCGGCUGAAGUUGAAGAAAAAUAUAAGAAAGCUAUGGUUUCAAAUGCUCAAUUGGAUAAUGAGAAAACGAAUUUUAUAUACCAAGUAGAAACCCUACAGGAUGCAUUAUUGGAACUAGAAGAGCAGCUUGCAGAAUCUAAGAGGCAAUUUGAAGAGAAAAGCAAAGAUUUUGAGAGGGAAAAACAUGCUCAUGCUAUAUUACAAUUCCAAUUCAUGGAACUCAAAGAGGCUCUGAAACAAAAAGAAGAACUGCUUGCUGAAAUCCGACAACUGCAACAAAAACAAGAGGGUUUUGUCAGGGAAAUAACUUAUCUUCAGGAGACAAUAGAAUGGAAAGAAAAAAAAAUAGGGGCAUUAGAAAGGCAGAAAGUUUUCUUUGAUUCCCUAAGAGGUGAGCUAGAUGAUCUUAGAGAGGAGGUGAUUUUGCUGAAGGAACAAUUAAAGCAAUAUGGAAUCAUCACCAAUUUAGGAGUGGCUACCAAUGGAGAAAUCUCUGAUUGUGUUGCUAAGGAUGGACUAUCAAAUUCUUCCAAGGUUGUUUCAGAGACAAGUCAUGCCUUUAAAGUAUCUGAGGAUUGUAUAGAAGGUAGAGCAAAUGAAGUGGAGAUGGAAAAUGAGAUUUUGGAGAAUAUGGGGAAAAGAGAAAUCUUGCAGAAUACUGAGCAUGAGGAAAACACAGAGGACACUAAGGAUCAGGAAAUCAUUCUCCAAUGUUUGGAAAUAAAGACAUUACCUGAUGAUGAAAAUGUAGAGACUAAGAAAGUCACUGAAGCCAAAAUUACAUCAACACUGAAAUUAAAUAGUGGACUUGAGGAUCCUUUAAAAAGUUACUCAGAAUGUAUCCCAGAAAUUGUUUAUUCUGUUGAUAAAAUAUAUUCAGGUGAAUUAAAACUUGAAGGGGCUUCACCAGAUCAUAUUUUAGAAAAGAAAGUGUCUGAUAGAAAUAUAAAUGUAACUCAUAAUCAAAAUAAUAUGGUAGAUCCAAGUAUUGAGAUCAAUCAGGAAAUACAUGCCAAUUUAGAAAUAGUUCCACAACAGCAAAAUAAAGAAAAACAAAUAGAUAUUGUAGUUGAUGAGUCAGAAGGGAAUAGUGAAGUAUUUUGGGAAGCUUUAGAUUUUAUAAAUAAUGGCCACAUGGCAAUUUCUACUUCACCAGAAUUGGUAGACGUUAUCCUUAUGAAAGCCUCUAGUAUUGAUCUGAAUAGUGAACAAUCAAAAAAUGGGAUUGUUGAGGGAGAUUUAAACAGAGAAUUUCUUAAAGAUGAACAAAAUCCUACCAUAAAUGCCGUAACAAAAGGGCCAAAAAUAGAAAUGUGUGAAACAAAUGAAGAGAAUGAGUCACAAAGUAUGAUACUGCAGCAGGAGGACCAAAUAGUAGAUUCUGCAGAAGAACAAAAAAGUACAUUGUGUAUUACAAAAGUUACUUUGAAUGAGUUUGGAGAGGAACAAGAACUAGUUAAAAUUGAAGAAAUCCAGUCACCAACUUCAAAACAUGAUGCAGUUGUUGAGAAACAAAAUGAGCAAGAGUUAGGAGCAAAUAAAGAAAAUGUUGAAGAUAUGAAGGCAUUAAAUGCUUAUUUAGUUUUUGAGGAAAAGAACAAUGAAUAUACUGUGAAAGAUGUGCAUGCAGAACAAGCUGUUGUAGAUUAUAUAAAUCAAAGCAAAUGCCAGACCCAUGAAGAAACAAAUGCAAACAUGGAGAAUGAUUCCAACUAUAAUAUCAAAUCAGCUUGCCUAGAUAGAGCUCUGGCAGAUAUUGAUAUGAUAAAUAAAGAAGUUGCUGGCAGUCAUAAAGAAGUUUUAUCUGCAGGAAAACUGAGUGUAGAUAAAGAAGACAAUACUAUUGAGUCUGCUGUAACUACAACUACAAUGAAAGAGGGUACUGAAGAAGCAUGCACUAGGAAUAAAGAAGGUAAAAAUUGCAGAGAGCUGCAUGAAGAAAUUCACAGUAUUGUGCCAAAUAUUGAGGAGGUUGUUUAUCUUGAAACACAGAAGACUGAAUUCAUUGAACAAAACAAGCCUGAGAGUGAAGAAAUAAUUGUAGAAGAAUAUCAUGAAGCGUUAGAUAUUUAUGCGGCUUCUUUUGGAGAAUUGAAAACGUCUGAAAAGAGAGAUGAUCAGACUAAUAAAGAUAAUGAAAAGGUCAAAGCCAGCUUAAUCUCAUCAGAUGAAGUUGAAUCUGAAGCUUUUGUAGAAGAAAGUGACAGUAUUCAGCAGCUGAAAGAACAUAAAUUUGAAGAAGUCAAAUUUGUGCAGAUUGAUUUAUCUGUUUCUGAAACAACAAAGUCACAAUGUGGACAGCUGGAACAGGAAUGUAAAUUGUUGGAUGAAAUCAGCUCAGUACAAAUUGAUGAUUAUACACCAGAACAGCUAGAAAACCUGGAGAGUGCUAUGGAUGAAAGUCAAGAGGAAACACAAAGAUAUAAGAAAGGUAAAGGUAAAUCUCGGGAAGACUGCAUUAUAUCAUAAACUCAGGAACUGGAUCAUUGUUCCACAUCAUUCACCUGGCAUCUGAUAAAGAACAAAAUACAUCUUUUUAAAAAGUCAAAAUUUGAAAGAAGUUCUACCAUUGAAUUAAUGUCAUACUCUAAAUAAUGCAAAGUAGUUAAUAAUGUAUGAAUGUGAAGGCUACCUUUUUUGUCAAGUUUCUUGUCAAGUUUAAUUACAGUCUAAUCAAAGCUAUUAUACUAAUUCCCAAUUAGCUGCUUUUUAAUAUUCCAUCAAAUAUAGUAUUUGUUCUCUAAGAAUUUUAAUGAAUGAUAGGAUUGGAAAAUUCUUGGGAAUGAUUAGGAUGCAUGCUAGCUUUUUGAUAAAAUGCCACUAGUCCGAUACAUUUAUAUUUAAUUUCAAAUUAUUAUAUAGAAUUUUAGCUUCAAGACUGUUACACUUUCUGAACAAAAAGACAAGGUCACGCUGAAUGAAUAACAAUGAAAUUAUGACAAAUUUUAGAGAAGUAGCAAGUUUUCGCUGUGUAUGUUUCACUCAUUUCAAAUUAAUACCAUUUCGAUUGCAAAGAUCUAUACAUAAAGCACUACUACUUACAGUAAAAAUCAUUUACUAAGAAUCAUAUAGAGUUCAGUCACAUCCAAUUCAAUCAUUUCUAACCAAGCUCUUGUUGGUUUAAAUCAGUGGAUUAAACUUAAUAUCUCUGCAA